AUGUCGAAACGAGUACCAGGAAGCCGGCUGCGACCGGUGGCGGACUUCCUAGAAACUGUGGGGUUUGUCUCGAAGGGGGACAAGAAGCUGCUCGAUCACGCCGCCCAGAAAGAAUACUUUGACACGAUAGUCGAAAGAUACAUGAAAUUCUGCGCUCACCACAGCAAAGAUCUUGAUGCUGCACUCACCUCGCUCCCCACCAGCUCGUCCAACGAUGUAACCUCGAAUCCAGCUGCUGCUCAACCAUCAACCAAGUCGAACCCCGCUUUGCGAGAGGCCAUUCUUGCUACUUCAGUGACAACACCGGCUAUCUUUUCCCAGCGAGUGCACGUCUUCUCCAUCCGCUUAUCAAUCCGCGCGCAGCACCCGCCAUCGUAUUUCCCCUCCUUGCGAUAUAGCCUCGAUAGGUUGCAUUCCAAGGCUCACCCACUACCAGAUUGCGAGGUAAAAGAGAUUGUGUCCUACUUGAUACUCGACUACGCCUGUCGUCAGAAUGAUAUGGUGUCUGCCUUUGAGUGGCGUGCUCGGGCACGGAAGGAAUACGGGUUCCAAUCACAAACCAUCGACAAUGUGCUAGCUGCAUUGAUGCAUGACAAUUGGGUUGUAUUUUGGCAAGCACAUAAGAGCGUGGAUUCGUACGUGCGUGCGGUGAUGAAUUGGGCCGUGGGUCGAGUUCGACGGCAAGCUCUCAAGGCUGUGGGCAGUGCAUACCUCAAUGUUCACGUCAGCUGGAUUGUGGGUGGAUGUACAGGAGACGAGGAGAGCUGGACCUGGGAAAAAUUGGUCGAAGCCGAGAAACUUGGUUGGGAAAAAGAAGGGGACAAGGUCAUUAUCCGACGACCAAAGCCGCGGCCCCCUCCAAUGCCGCGUGCCUAG